AGUCUGCCAGUAGCCCGCGCCUCGCGCCAAUUGUCUCAAGAUCAGCAUGUUCGCUCUUGGGCUGUAGUUUGGCAUCGCCCUGGAUGCUGCGGCCUUCGUCCUUGCUCUCAUUCGCGCUUUUGUGGUUCUUUUGGCUGUCUUCUGCUGGGCGUGUGUCCAACUACGAUGUUGUCUUGGGUGCCGAUGGUUCGUCGGCAAUGCUGGACGAUGACGGCCCCGAGAUCGACGGGUCCUCUGACCUCAAUGACUGCAGCCAUUGGGAGGCUCUCGAAUGGACGCUUCACAAGAAGACUUGGUCGAUGCUGUCUCCAGAGCAGAGGCACGCUUUCGAGACGGUCGGAUACACGGAGGUUAUUUGGAACGACUACGGGGUUGGGAGCGAGGACAUGACCAACUGGGACGACCUGACUGACCAUCAGCGGGACGCCCUGAUGGGCAUCGGCUACACCAAGGAGGAAUGGGAUUGCGACGUCUCCGGCGAGUUUGCCUACCCCGACAAGCUGCCGCCCGUGGAAGGCAAGCUCUCCGUCAGUGACGCACCGCUGGCUGGGAGCCAGGCUCUCGUCUUCGAGUCGGGCAGCAGGCGCGUUGUGAUCGGCGUCUUCGUGGACACCGCCUCGGUGAUUGUGAGCUCUAUCAUUGGCCGGCUUCUGGCUGGCAUGUACGCCCUCAAGGUGGAAUUCAAGACCCUCAGCUCGACACGUCAGGCCUACCAUCUCAUGAGCAGCGGUGAGGUCGACCUGGUCAUGGAUGUGGAUCGGCCGGUGACCCGUGCGCCCACCCUCAACGACCACAUCAACGACUACGGGUCCCUCACGGAGUUGGGGAACAUCAACCACCUUUACAUCAACAGGCCGAAUGACCCGACGGCACCGUACUAUAAUGCCACGAUCGACCUCAUUCCAUACUGGACCCUGCUGCAGAAGGAGAAGGUUAGGCAGUGGAUCCCGCACGCGCCCUGCAGCAUGGGGCCGUGGGGCGGAAACGCCAGUGGCUACGGCGUCUGGUGCAUGGAGGAGCGGGCCUCCGUGCCCGUCAUCUGGGCGCAGGGCCCGCAGGCUCCCGACCACGAGGUGGACCCGCUGAUGGCCUUCAUCCACGCCAAGGGCCUCCCCUUCGGCGUGGAGUUCCUCGAGUUUGCGGACCUCGACCGCCGCGUGCAGGUGGCGGUCGGCGCGGGGGCACCGGCGCUCUUCUAUGCCGACGAGUUCUCGCUGCUGACCCAGAGUUCUGUCGACGGCCUCAACGUCCGGCGCCUCGCGUUUCCUGACCAGCGGAACUGCGGGGACCUGGGCACUUGGGCAGACGUCGGCAAGUGGCACUGCGCACCGAUCAGGACAAAGUAUGAGAAGCUCGGCAGCAGCCACAUCGACAGCUCCGAGAACGUGCGGACCGCCGUGAUGCGCUUCGGGCUCAGCGACUCGCGCAUGGAGGCCAUCUUCAGCACAUACCGGAGAGCCUACGACGAAGGCCGGGACGUGUGGAAUGCCGCGGGCACGGCGGCCAACACCUUCAUCUCGUCGGAGGAGAGGCUGUGGAGGACGUGGUUCACGUUCCCCGACCCGAUGUCCACGAGAGGGCGCGGCCUCAUCCUCUGCUUCUUCGGCGUCGGGGCCCUGGCCUUCGCCCUCGCAGAGCUCCGAGGCGUGGGCCUGCUGGGGGCGGCGGGGCGCGCCGAGGAGGGCCCGGCCCCGGCGCCGGGCGCCGUGGACAGGAGGGUGCCGCCGAAUGUGGGCCUCGAGGUCCUGGCCGGUACCAACACACACUUGGCACCAUGAUGGACGCCGUUGGGAUUGCCGCCAUCGUCUUGUCGACGCGGCGCCUGAGCCCCUAAAUCGGCGGAUUCUGUUGAGUUCCUCAAGCAUGUCCUGGUGGGCCAGAUAGUCUGCCAGGGAUUCACCCUGUUGGGAUCGAAGUACGAAACGCCGAUCACCACGGCUUCUAUCGAGGCUCUCCCCUUCUUGUCCAUCCUCGUGGCGCAGAUUGAGGAUAGCACAAAAGGGCGCUCGGGCGAGUGCGUAUUAGCGACGCUGCUCGUCGGUUCGAUGUUGAUAUGUUUUAUGAGUGGCCUCAUCAUGUAUGCCAUGGGUCGCUUGAAGCUAGGCGGCAUGUUGCGUUACUUGCCCUACUCCGUAAAGACGGGUGUCAUGGCUGGCAUGGGCAUCGUGUUGCUCGCUGUGGCCCUCGAGCUUUGUUGCGACGAGAAUUUCCUGGAGUUCGAAGGCCCAGCAGAGGCCGUCGACUUCUUUUCGCUGGCGACCUCCGUCUUCUGGUUGCCAGCGUUCUGUUCGGCCAUGAUAAUCUUCCUCAUUGAGAAAUUCGUCAUUGAGUCGCCCUACACCAUUAUUUGCUUCCUCGUGUUGGCCAUCGGUGGCUUCCACAUCCUCAGGGUUUUCGUCUUCGGGUCGAGCAUGGUGGAGGCCACGAAGGCAGGCUGGCUCUACGAGCCUGUUCCGGCUGGCGAGUUCUUCUCCCUUUGGCGGGUGCUGCGGCCAGAGAACAU